UAGAGUACUUGAUACAGAACAACCUUCUGAAGGAGACACCGGAGGAGGUUGCACAGUUCCUUUACAAAGGAGAAGGUCUGAAUAAAACAGCGAUAGGAGACUACUUAGGAGAAAGGAAAGACUUCAAUAUAGAGGUACUGGAAUCGUUUGUAGCUCUCCAUGAGUUUAAAGACAUGAUCCUCGUACAGGCACUAAGGCAAUUCCUGUGGAGUUUUCGUCUGCCUGGGGAAGCUCAGAAGAUUGAUCGUAUGAUGGAAUGCUUUGCAAAGCGUUACUGUGAAACCAACCCUGGGGUCUUUGAAUCAACAGAUACAUGCUAUGUGUUAUCGUUUGCCAUCAUCAUGUUGAACACCAGUCUACACAACCCUAAUGUCAAGGACAAACCCACACUAGAAAGGUUUAUCCACAUGAACAGAGGGAUUAAUGAGGGAGGUGAUUUACCUGAAGAACUUCUCAAGAGCUUAUAUGAGAGCAUAAAAAACGAACCUUUCAAGAUCCCGGAGGAUGAUGGGAACGAUUUGACGCACACCUUCUUCAAUCCCGACAAAGAGGGCUGGUUAAUGAAGCAAGGUGGGCGAUAUAAGACAUGGAAGAGACGAUGGUUCAUCCUGACUGACAACUGCCUCUAUUACUUUGAAUUCACAACAGAUCGUGAACCAAAGGGUAUCAUUCCGCUAGAGAAUCUUCAAGUUCAGGAAGUAGAAGAUAACAAAAAAGCACAAUGUUUUGAGCUGGUAACAACAAAUAAGAGCGUGAUCAAGGCAGCGAAGACACACGGAGAUGGCAGGGUGGUAGAAGGUAGACACACAUCAUAUCGUAUGUCAGCAACAACGGAUGAAGAAAAGAAAGAAUGGAUACAUGCACUGCAGGCCAGUAUCAGUCGAGAUCCAUUCUAUGAGAUGCUUGAAGCCCGAAAGAAGAAAGCGUCACACAAGGCGGAAACAUGAGCGAAAGCUGACGAGAGACAACCAUCUAUUUAGGAUAGGAACCAAGCCAAUAGCAUCCCGGAUGGAGAGAGAAAGGAGCUCAAGCCUACUCUCGAAAAAAGUGAAAACUGACCAAGUUUGACCAGCUUCCAAGCUCUUGUAUCAUCAGUUUAAGAACAAAAUCCAGUGAUGCCACUUUUCAGACUCAAGUCCAAAUUCAGACUUUUUAAACACAUUUUGGCCAUACAAAACACCUUUUUUCAUGUAGGAAGGGGGUCAUUAUAGAUGAUUUUCAGACUUUUUAAAAUGAAUUCUUAGUGACAUCCCUGAGAAUAUGAUGGAUACACGUGGGGAACGUUUCAUUAACUGAUUUUUUUUUAGUCCGGCACUCUUUUUCUCCCCCCCCCCUCCUGGUUUAUCAAUUCACACUUUGCCAGCAAACUGUAAGAUGAAAUCACUUUCUUACAUGCUAUAACCUGUCAUCCAAAAUAAAAUAGUGUUUGUGAAACAUAGAGAAAACACUUCAAGCACUACUUUUCUUGUUGCCUUGGACUUGCAGCUUAUGAUGAAUAUAAACAGCACAAGUAUCUUCACAUAAAUAAACAAUGAAACAAAAGUAAGCUAUUUUGUUUGGACAAAUUUAUUGUGCAUAACCCCUUUUUUUUUGGGGGGGGGAGGGGGCUAUUGGUCUAUGGUUUCUUUAAGUAUGUGUAUCACUAUUCAUAAACAACUCAAUAUUCAAUGGUCACUAAACUUAGUUUGGCUUUUCCAGCUUAUUAUGACAUUGGGUGGCAUUGCCAUAAGUUAGCCUGGAGUCAAAUAAAUACCAGUAAGGACUUUAGUCCAUCCAUGUCUAUGGAAUGCUUAAUUUCUUCAUCAUUCAAAAUUCAUAACCGAGAUAAUCUACAUGAACAAAUCAGUGAAAUAUAUUGCAUUAUCAUAAAACCUUUUCUUUUUUCUUUCAUUUCAAAUUUUAAAUUUUCAAUGCUUUUUUCUGCUGGAUUAAAAAAAAAAUUUUGGUAAAUAAAUUUGCAAUAAGUACUCCAUAGAAGGUUAAGCGACAUUUGCUCUUCAGACAAUUGCUCGUCCGCUAAUUUCUCUGAAGAUAUUAGGCAAAGGUUAGGGUUGUGAUGUGUUUUUUUUGUUCAGAAUCAUGUGAGGAUUAUGAUUAAGGUUAGGUAAGCUUUGUGAAGCUUGGGUUUAUAUUUGGCUUUAUGUGUGAAGUUUUAAGUACAUGAAGGAGUAAUUGUCGCAGGAGCAAAUGUCAUGGAACCCAAUAAAAGUGUGGUCUAAGUGAAUCAAGUGUUAAAUGUAGACUGAAGGCUGUUGACUACCAUUUAUGUUUAUAUAUAAGGUAACUUUGCAUAUACCUGAAGAGAUAAUAUAUACAUACGUGUACAUUUAGUAUUUAUGCAGGAUAUAUUCUACAACCUUUGUUCGUCUGAUAUGAAUUGUUGCAUUCUCCAAAAGCUAUGAUUAUCAACCUCCCCCCUUCCCCCUAAAAAUUAAUUAGAUAUUUGAAACAAUGUAUUUUUAUUUUUUCAUAUUCCAUAAUUAUGCUUGAUUGAAAUUUAAUUUUUUGAUUUUCAUGUAUUUGGACUAAACAUGUAUUAAUCUUCUGAAAGAAAUCAAUAUCAAAUGAAGAUGAAUUUAUUAUUACAUUUCAAAUUUAUGAUUUACAUUUACAUUCUUUUUUCUCUGAUUUUUUUUCUUACCUCAUAAUUCAGACUUGAUAUUCUUCAUGAAAUGUUAAACUUUGAACAUACUUUGGUCUUCAAUUUAUUCCACUUUUCUAGUUUCUCUGUCAUCAUGCACUAUAUCAUGUAUUUUUUACUCUCUCAUUGAUCAAAUACUGUUGUCAUGUUUGAUUAUUUUAUAUCACAUUGAAUUAUAUCUACAGGUGUAAGGAUUGCGCAUAGGAAAAUAACUUUCUGUAAGGAUGAAAAAAAAAAGAAUUGUGUUAAGUUUUGUUUGUACUGAAUCAAACCUUUUCAACUCGUGUGAUACCAACAUGCAGUUUAGUGUCAAAUUAUGUGUGAAUUUAUCAAUGUUUAUCGUAGGAAAAAGACAGAGUAUAGACAAAGGUGGUUUUAAAAACUUGCCAUGUUAUUAUAAUUGUGUAUACCAGUUAUGUUUUUUAGUCUGUGUUGUAAUGUCAUUGAAUAUGGUAUUAAGAAAUUUUGCACACUGCAGCCUCCAUAUUUAUAAAAAUUUUCUUUCGUUGUGCAUUGGCAUAAUAACAAAUGGGGGGAGGGUAGGAAGAAUUUGAUGAUCAUGAAUGAAGAGCUAAUUUAUUUUUUAAGCAGCUGAUAAUUUUGAAUCGUGCUGAUCCCCACUGCAAUUUUAAUACAAAAUUUCAUUUUAAGAAUAUAAUUUACACCCAAAUUUGUCUAUGUGUUAUAAAAUUGAUAUAGCUGCACUAUGUGGAUAAGUUGAUCUAGAUCAUGCAUUUUAGAAUGUUGAGUUGAAUGUGGUUAGUGUGCAAACUUUGUUAAUUAUCAGUCGUGAAUUUUUGUGUGUGGCAUUAUCGUGAAAUUGGGAACCACAGUUCACUUUCUACAGCAGCGCUUCAUUCAGUCACACGCAUUGGUUCCCUAUUUCCACCUCCAUUCACUUUGUGAAGUGCUUGUGUACAAACAGACAAGUGGUUCCCAUAACCAUGAUUUAGCCUUGUGUCUUGUGUAAGUAACUACCAUGUAGAUUUCCUUUCCUGUAUGUAGUUGAAAUAAACUACAUAGUCCAUUUCACAUACAUGCUUGAUGUUGUACAUUCCACUAAGGUAAUAAUGUAGCUGUGUAGAAAAAUACAAACUGAAUAAACCAGCAAUGUUGGUUUAUCUUGUGUAGUAUAGUGGAAUAUUCUGGAAAUGCUUUUAUUGGCAUUAGUAAAGAUGGCUGCAGUAGGCAUCAUUGAUCCAUAAUGAUGUUUCUUAUUUAUUUUCACAUUUCUUGAAUAUUUUCAUAUAGAUUCAUCUGGUACUUUACACAUUGGGUGUUAUCAUUUACUUGUUGGAAUACCACUGCGAUUCAAUUUUAUAUCAACUUUUCCUCAUUUAUAUUUGGUCUACAAUCAUCACAGAGGGAACUACACUAAUUGUACCCCUCUAUUUCACAAACUCCUUGUGGUAGAUUGCAAAGAUUGUACGAUUUCCUGAAGGAUUUAUGACCUCUUUCGCCUCUACGGUUUUGUUUAGGGUGGAGUCAUGCAAAUUAUUUAAUUCAUUAGAAUUGUAGCCCUCAAGAACAUCCUCAGUAGCAUCAUACAAUGUACAGCCCUUUUAUGAUUUCUAUGAAUGUGUUGGUAUAGCCAGUUACAAAUUGCAUGAUCUUCAAAGACUCAAAACCCUUUCUGUAUGCCUUUGUCUUUUCUACAUGUGUGGUCAUGCCCAAUAGAUGAUAUCUAAUAGCUAUAGGUAUUGUUAACAGAAAAGUUGUAGCGUGUAGCCACAUACAGUAUGUUACCUUUCAUAUUCCAAGGAAAAAUAGUAGAUUAAUCCAUCUAAAUGACUGUAGCAAAUGUAAACAAGGCAUCAAAUAUUUUUUACCACAAUAUUUCUCAAUCUUUAGCAGUCAUUUUGUAUCUACUUCAGAUGUAUAAAAUCAGUUGAAAACAUUCAUCAUUUAUUUGAUAAGAUUGGCCUUUAAUGUUAAUGAUGCAUUUUUGUCAUUGUAAAUGGGUGCAAAACUAUGCUGCUUUAAUCAAUCUUCAGACCAAAUUUUAAACUUUUUUUCCCUGCUUAGAGUCCUCUUACUAAGUUGAGUUUUUCUUUGAUGAGUAUAAUUUUAGGUUCAUAAAAAAAUCACUACAUUAAGACUGAAACUCUCAAUUGCCUUUUUGAGAUUAUCAUUGGAGAUUUGAGACAAAAGGUUCUAUUUUUUUAUCAUGCACAAGUGACAGACCAACUCUUAUUUGACCAGAAAGGUUAGGUUUACACAGAGGCAUGUAUGGAAGGCUUUAUAUUUUGAAGGGUUUUUUGUUCAUUUUCUUUAAUUAGCCAAUUGCAAAUAGUAAUUAUGAGAAAAUAAGUUGUUAUAUUUGCAUAGUAAAAUGAAAUGUUAACUUUGCGGUCGGAAGUAGAAAAAUUUGUUUGUUUUAUUUCAUCUAUAGAAGUUUGUUUUCUGUGAAAUGUGAUUUAUUUUCCUUAUAGCAAGAAGGAAUGUGCUAUUGUACAUGUCUUGUAAAUUGUAAAAAUGUGUGAAAUGUUUGUCUUUGAUCUCAAUUUUAUGAGGUUGUUGUAAAUAAAAAAAAACUGAUGAUUUGUAUCAUGUGCAACUCUUGUAAACAGGGAUGAUGAUGAGUUUGUAAUAAAAUAUCUAUAUACAGUAUAAAGGAAAUAA